GGCGGGAGCCGCUCCGGCGGCGGGACCUGACCAGCCACGCCGUGUCUGAUUCGCGGCAGCUCGGGCAGAUCGUCAGAGCAGUGUCGGAGGUGCAGGAGCGGCAUGGAAGCUCCUGGGGCGGUCCGUGGAGUUAGGGAAAUGCUUGCAUCAGUUUUCACGGGCCUGAGGGAGGACCCGUUAAGCUAAAAGCAAAAAUGGUGUUUGAAAUGCUUGAAUAACUGACAGAAUCUAAAAGAAGGAGACACAUUCACCAAAUAUGGAAGAGGAUACCAAACCUAUCUUGGUUCCUGUGGGAGGCGAUGAAAGCAAUUAUGGAAUCAUGAAUAUACAGUUUAAUCCAGAAGACUAUAAGUGCAAAAGACCAUUUCAUGUGGAGCCUACAAACAUAGUCAGCGUGAACGAUGACAUGCAAAGAGUUACUGACGAAGCUUCAGCAAUGAAUAAGCGGAUUCAUUACUAUAGCAGGCUCACCUCCCCUGCAGACAGGGCACUGAUUGCUCCUGAUCAUGUACUCCCAGCUCCUGAUGAAAUCUACGUGUACAGUCCAUUAGGAACUGCUUUUAAAGUUGACACUUGCACAGAUGGCUAUGGUAAAAACUCCAGUCUAGUGACAAUAUUUAUGAUAUGGAAUACAAUGAUGGGUACAUCCAUAUUAAGUAUCCCAUGGGGAAUAAAACAGGCAGGCUUCACUUCUGGAAUUAUUCUCAUUUUACUCAUGGGCAUUUUGACUCUUUAUUGCUGCUACAGAGUUGUGAAAUCACGGCAAAUGAUACCUUUAAUAGAUACCUCAAACUGGGAAUUCCCAGAUGUUUGCAAGUAUUACUUUGGAUCCUUUGGUCAGUGGUCAAGUCUCUUGUUUUCUAUGAUAUCACUUGUUGGAGCCAUGGUUGUUUAUUGGGUGCUUAUGUCCAACUUUCUGUUCAACACAGGGAAAUUUAUAUACAACUAUGUUCAUGACAUUAAUGUAACAGAUAUUGUUCCUGGCACCAAUGGAAGUAACAAAGUCAUUUGUCCAAGUGCUGCUAGUGGUCACCUGCCACAGAACAGGAGUGUGGUGUUCUCUGCUGACAACAUUACGGGUUUUACGCUGUUUGAGAAGUGGUGGGACAAAUCACAAACAGUACCAUUUUACCUGAUUGCUGUUCUUCUACCCAUGCUAAAUCUGAAGUCUCCAUCCUUUUUUGCAAAGUUUAAUGUCCUAGGUACAGUUUCAGUUGUCUACCUAGUUUUUCUGGUUACAGUAAAGGCUGCUCAUACGGGAAUACACUUAGAAUUCAACUGGUUUACAGAGAAUGAAUUUUUUGUACCAGAGUUUAGAAUUCUCUUCCCUCAGCUCACAGGGGUUCUAACACUUGCCUUCUUCAUCCACAAUUGUGUCAUCACACUUCUUCAGAAUAACAGGAACCAAGAAAACAAUGUGAGAGAUCUCUCUAUUGCAUACUUCCUGGUGGGACUAACAUAUCUGUAUGUUGGAGUGAUCAUUUUUGCAUCUUUUCCUUCUCCACCAUUAUCCAAAGAAUGUAUUGAACAGAAUUUUCUAGAUAACUUUCCCAGUGAUGACAUCAUGUCGUUUGUUGCAAGAAUAUUCCUGCUGUUCCAGAUGAUGACUGUAUACCCACUGUUGGGUUAUCUGGCACGAGUUCAGCUGCUGAGACAGUUUUUUGGAAAUGCAUACCCAAGCCUUUUCCAUGUGCUCGCCCUGAACCUUGCAAUUGUAGGAGCUGGAGUAGUGAUGGCAAGAUUUUAUCCAAAUAUAGGAGGCAUCAUAAGAUACUCUGGAGCAACAUGUGGUCUGGCCUUUGUAUUCGUGUAUCCAUCCCUCAUCUACAUGAUCUCUCUGCACCGUGCUGGGCAGCUGACGUGGCCAGCAUUGAUCACUCACAUCUUUAUAAUCCUCCUUGGACUGGCUAAUCUGAUUGCACAAUUCCUAUUGUGAAAACUCCCUCUUCUCCCUGUGGCUGUCACAAGUGGUACUGUGAUAUUUGGCAAUAGCCUUGAGCAACACUGUCAGGCAUGAGAAUAGUCCUCAAUGUGAUGAUCUUGAGAAAAGCUGCACCUUUGAAACAAAUUCAAAACACAUUUUUCAGGCGCUUCACAAGAAAACUGUUUUGCUCCUCUGAAAACACAAUUUUAUGAGAAGUGAAGUGGUUCAGAUUUGAAUGAUGUAGUUCUCCUGGUUUUUUUUGAAAGUACUUCAAAAAUUAAUGAUGCUCAAAUAUUUUAAUUUUUUACAGCACACUUCUCAAAACACAAAGCUUUCAGCCUCAGGCUGUGGAACUCUUUCCUCCAAGGGAACUGUCCUUACCUUGAUUAACAAGCAUGCUUUCUCAGUAUUGUUCAGUGACUCUUUGAAAUGCUCUUUUGUUGAAGUUUUUUCCUGGUUUGUUUGGAAAAUGAAGAAAUUAUGGUAUUUUCUCUUUUUUUUUAGGUUAAUUUAUAGUCAUUUGGGUCAAAAUGCACUCUUAAUUUUGAAUACGCUAUUAAAUUGUUUUGGCAAUAUUUUUGCUCUAGGAAAUUCCAACAAAGCGAAACAAUAAACUCAUGUCUCAGUGUUUUGUUCAGAACCAAUAUGUACACAAGUUAUUUGGGAUCUUAUAAUGAAAAAAAGCCAGAAGGAUAAAAAAAAUCAGAACAAGACAAUUAAAAUUAGUAUUCCAGGCUUGACCUCACUUCAACUCUGUUAACUGGGCUAUGAUGUGCUGUGAAGUUGCCUUGUCAGGAGUUGCAUGUGGUUUUAGGUAUGCAUGUUGUACACAAUGUUCAUCAUAGGCUUGCUCCCUCCCUUGUAGGGUAUUACUCCAGUGGUCUCUCAUUGUGCGUUUCCACUGCAUUACUCUAGACAUUUUGGAUGUGAGCAGGGAGACAAAGCCAGCAGUCUUCAGAGUUGUGGAUGAAGUAAAAGAAUUUAAGUUUUAGAUAAUUCCAAAAGCAUCUAGAAGAAUGUGGGAAGGUUUUGUUGUGGGCUUGAGUUUUUUUAAACUUGCUUAUGAACUAAGAGGGUGUACAUGUGUAAGCACACAGACACCUUCCCUCACCUAUCAUCUAUGAGUCUGUAUAUUAACCCAAAACAUGCAAUAUUAAGUUGCCAGACAGUAGUGGAAUGUCAUUUUUGUGUUUGGAGAGAGAGUGAAAACUCCUCUUCGUACAGAAUUUCAGUGCAUUAAAAUAAUAAAUAUAAAAUAAUUGAAAGAGGGCUCCAAGCAAUGCUAAAUUCCAAAGUCAGUAAAAGAGGAAAAAAGUUAGGGUGACGCAAUGUUUGUGAAGUAGGAGUUGGGAAAAAUAAUUACACUGCAGGGUGAAACUUCAUAUUUUCAUCAGAAAGACAAUGAAAAACAUAAACUAGAUUAUUACUGUGCUUCUCUGGGUAACGAUGUGAAUUUUUUUAGCAAUGGUGUAAAUCCAUUUGUUUGACUUAGGCUCCUUAAACUGUGCAAAGGACACUCAUUUUCCUUAAUAUUCUUUGAUUUGUAUGGAAUAAAAGAUUAUACGGAUUUGGAAUACUAUCUGC